AUGAUUCAGGAAAUACUGCGGAACGCCACUAGAGGGGACAAAACGCCAUCCCAGCUUCUCAGAUAUAUGAGGAACCAGCUGGGAAAGCACAACGUGUCUGCUGAUCUAGUUUUCGCACAGUUCGACCACAGCGUUAACGCUGUUCGCGCCCCCGACAUAGCAAAGCACGAACGCUACGAGCCGGGUAAAACAGAACGGGCGUUGGCCGACCUUCAACGGCAAAUUCGGGAGCUCCAGAUCUCCCUACGCCCGCGGACGAGGACAUCGACCCCAUCUCGACGGAGACGAACCCCCAGCCGAGAACGGCAAAGCGACCAGGGUGUUUGUUGGUUUCAUCGCACAUUCGGCGAUGGGGCCAGGAAUUGUGCGGCCAUCAGCGUGGUACCCCUUCAGAACGACCACACCGCUAGGCCCACCCUGGUCAAACUACGAGCUGCGAAUGGUUCCGCGAUAGACACGUACGGAGAAAGGACCCUUACUCUGAAUAUCGGCAUGCGACGCGAUUUCACUUGGACAUUUACCGUGGCCAACGUAAAGGUACACAUCCUCGGCGCGGAUUUCCUGGCGCAUUACGCACUGGCGGUCCAUAUGAACCCUACGACUACGAAUCUCCGUGUCUUAGGUACCCCUACACGUCAAGGCUCCACAGGAAUCAGCGUCGCAACAUGCCAUGGUCGCGAGUACUUAGAUCUCCUGACGCAGUUCACGGAUAUAACGCUGCCACUCCAAGUAACGGCUUCAGGUGACCAUCAGACUCAGCACCACAUCAGAACCCGAGGUCCUCCCGCACACUCCCAUCCGCGACGGCUCGCUCCGCACAAACUGGCGUACGCCAAGAAGCAAUUCGACAAAAUGCUCAGUGAUGGCAUCAUUCGUCCUUCCGAUAGCCCUUAUGCCUCGCCACUACACUUAGUGCCUAAACCUGGUGGUGAAGAAUUUCGGAUAUGCGUCGACUACCGAAAAUUAAAUGCAUCGACCGUACCAGACAGAUAUCCUGUCCCUCAUAUCCACGAUUUUGCAUCCGGAUUGAUGGGUGCUCGCAUCUUCUCAAAAAUCGACCUGAAAAAAAAGGCAUACCAUCAGAUCCCCGUCGCUGCGGAAGACGUCCCUAAAACGGCAGUCACAACACCCUCUUGCGCUACCCGGCGAAUAUUUCGACGACUCCUUCAGACGUUUUCAAAACCAACAUCUCCUUUCGUCGAGGAACUCCGCCACAAAAUGGCCCGGCUUAAAUAUGCAACUCCGCGACAGCAACCGGUGAAUUCGUACAUCCCUCAACACUUGCGAGAUUGCAAAUUCGUUCUUCGACGCACCGACAAGCACCUUACGAUCAAGCGCGCCAACUCGACCGACACCAUCGCAAUCGAUCGGACCGAGCCUGCUUUUCUGGAGAAGCGACAGUAUGACGCAAACCCGGCUCUGCGGCCCCCUAAUGCUAUUCCAGCGCACCCAACAGACGCAGCACCGCAGACAUCAAAUGACACCCCAGCGACUCCUGUGCGGCAGACCCGAUCCGGUAGGAGGGUCACUUUCCCUAAAGACCUUCGUAAAUAUUAUUAUUAUUAA